AUGCGCCAAGACGGGGAAGGGGCGCCAGGGUCCACGGCCAGGCCACCGUCGACACCUCGUCGACCUCAGUCUUCCACUCAAGAAGACUCGGCCAGAGAGGCCAGGAGAAAGAGGACAGCCAUCUCUCCUUCUCAAACAAGGAUCCUUGUGCAAGCCUUCACGAGGGAUCGCUUUCCAGGGAUUGCCGCCAGGGAAGAACUGGCUCAUCAGACGGGAAUCCCAGAACCUCGAAUCCAGGUAAGUUCUCCAGCCAGCGCAUGGGCCCAGGCCGUGGCCCAGGAGACGGGCGCGUUCAGCCCUGCCAAGCGUUUGGAGCUGGAUACACAUCGGCUUGGGCCGGGGCUUGGGCUGGGGGGAGGGGGCCGAAAGUUGAUAUGGUUUCAAAACCGAAGAGCUCGGCACCCCCAGCAGAGCGCAAGGGGGCCUGGCAAUGUCCGGGCCCGAGGACCAGGCGGCGCAUCGGCCACGACCGCUCCUGCUCCAGAGGACCGAAGGGCCCCACCCGCUGUCCACAGCACCUCUCCUCCCCUUGGCCCCUCUCAGACACAGGAGAGCAUGCCACCCUUGGCUGCAGCCGCUCCUUUGGGCGCCCCCACCUUCUGGGUGCCCGGGACUGCCUCUGGGGUCUGUGUGGGCCAGCCGUUGAUGUUCUUCGUGAUCCAGCCCAGCCCGAUGGCUCUCCAGCCAAGUGAGAAGCCACCACCUCCUCCCCAGGUAGCAGUGCCCUGGGCCGCGUGCUCCCCUGCUGACACGGCCCCUUGGCAGCCUGGGCCAGGGGCCAUCCUGCCGCCUCUACAGCCUGAGACACACAUCAGGCGGAGGCCAGAGUCACCCGUUGCUGAAGGCACGGCCCCUCUGCUAGAGCCACAGCCCCAUCCGCCCAGCCUUCCAAGAUCGACAAGCCUCCUAGAUGAGCUCUUGGCGGCCACCGGCAUCCUGGAAACGCAGGCGCCUUCCCCGGAGCCCGGUGCAGAUGCAGGAGUGCACCCUGCCCUGCCAGACCCACCCAGCUUCCUAGACGAGCUCUUGGAGGCCACGGGCCUCGGGUCCUCGCAGGCGCCUUCCCCGGGGGCCGCUGCAGAUGCAGGAGCACACCCUGCCCUGCCAGGCACACCCAGCUUUCUAGGCCAGCUCUUGGAGGCCACGGAUAUUGCGGCCUCGCAGGCGCCUUCCCUGGGGCCCUAUGCAGAUGCAGGAGCACACCUCGCCCUCCCAGGCUCACCCAGCCUCCAAGAUGAGCUCCUGGCCGUCACAUGCAUCCCGGGCUCGCCGGGUCCUUCCCUGGGGUCCUCUCCUGUCAUCCCAGGGUACCAUCCAGCCCUCCCCGGGUCUCCCAGCCUCCUAGAGGAAAUCAUGGCUGCCUCGUCCAUCCAGGACACGCCCUGGUCUUCACCGCGGGCCGCUGCGGACGAAGAAGGAGUUGAGGCAAUCCUGGAGGCACCCCUCAGAGAGGAGGAUUACCAGGCACUCCUGGACAUGCUGCCAGGCUCCCCAGGCCCUCGGGCUUAG